GAUGACGUUUGACGUUGCUAGCGAAAGGGCAAAAAGGAGGGAGGAACUCGAAUGGAGGCCGUCGGUGUUGAAGAAUCGAUACAAUCAACUGAGAAAGCUGUUUUAAAAAACUGCAAUAAGAAUAUGAAACGGUCUUCACAAUGACGUCUCGAAUCGUGAAAACCUACAGCCGCAAGGCGGGAGAUGGGACGUCCAAGUUUGAUGAGGUUCUGUCCAACAAGCGUGCCACACUCAGCACCAAAUGGGGAGAAACCACUUACAAAGCUCAGCUGGGUUCCAAAAGACCCAGCAUGAAGGCUGACCGACCGGACCGUACCAAGAAGCCCAAGAUGGCAAAGGACGAUGACUCUGAAGACCCGUUUGGGUUUGACAGCGAUGACGAGUCGAAGCCAGUGUCCUCCCGUAACGUGUCCAAGUCCCCGUCCAAGCUGGGCUAUGCAGAAGCCGGUCUGACCCUGGAGCCGAACAGCAGAGUGAACCAGCCUGCUAGCGUGGAGGCGGCGGCACCCAGCUGGCCCCCGACCCGCACCUUGUACACGUUGAGUGGAGAUAAGAGUUCUGUUCGGGUGCCGGAGGACUCAGGGAAGUUCUUCAGCAGCACUACAUCAGGCAAGCCCCACAGCUGGUCCAGCGAAAACUCCGAACAUCACAGCUACUCCUGGUACAAAAAUGCUUCAGAGAGUGACCGCAAACCGCUAGCCCAGACCACCACCCUGAAGUCAGAAAAAUCUGAAGACAACGAUUCGUUUGACGCAUGGGGUGCUAUUGUCGGACUGGGGUCUCGCUCCACUUCGCCUCUCUCAGCCUCUAGAGACUCUGCGUCUAGCACAUGGACCUCUGGCAGCAGCCUCCUGACCAAACGCCCUGCCGAAACCAGUGUCACCGAGGUCGGCCAGGUUGACCUGGAUCUCCCGGUGGAACCUUCAGAAUCAGAAGACCACUCACAGUCGUUGCUCAGGGCCUCCAACUGUAGGACGUACUGCAGACCUAACAAAAGCAAGCCAUCCACCUUCGGAGGCACGUCGAACAGCGAGGGUGCAGGAUUCAGGAAGGACGGCGAGGGCAAGAGCCGGGGCAGGACAAGGGACUACACGGUCCUGCACCCGUCCAGUAUGUCUGCCUGCAACGUCACCAUUCAAGACUCCAUGGAGCGGGGAAUGGAGGAGUAUACACCAAGUGCACCGGCGGCUGAUCCGGGAGAGGCUGGACGGCUGAGGAAGAAAGUUGAGCCCGAGACCAAACCUGCCAGGUCCAAAUCCACACAGAACAAGACCAAAAAGGAGAGCAAGCUGGAUCUCUUUGGCUUUGACGACGGAGAUGCUCCCUCUGCAGAAGGAGACCCCGUCUGUUCAGGCAGCUCAAACUACAAGAUCAAAUACUUCGGGUUUGAUGAUCUGAGCGACAGUGACGGGGACGAGGACGAGGAUGAGGACAGGCCGAGAAAGACAAAGAGGAUGGCCUCCAUUCCAGUGGAGGUUUCUGGAGUGCCUAGUGUAGAGGUUUCUCGACCCAAAGCAUCUCAGGAGAACAGCAGCACAGAUCCUCUGGAGACGCCUGAGGUGAACUCGCACACCACACCCGAGGUCCCAAAGAGGCCUCAAGUCAAACCUCAGGAGAAAGUCAAGGAGAGCAGCAGGAGGAUCUUCAGUGGACCCAAACGGUCUCCUACUAAAGCUGUGUAUAAUGCAAGACACUGGAAUCAACCAGAACCUGAAGAGCUGCCUCCUCCUCCUCCAUCUGCAUCACAGGCCGCUCCGGCUACUUCAUCCGGGAGCAGCAAGGAGUCAAACUCGCACAAGGGAGACGAGGGCGUGUUCAAGACUCCGCCUCUGCCACCCAAAGUUACCAAAUCGGUCACUGUGCCCACUGAGCCUUACCAGGACAUCGUCACUGCACUGAAAUGCCGGAAAGAGCACAAAGAGUUAUAUACAGUGGUGCAGCAUGUAAAGCACUUCAACGAUGUGGUGGAGUUCGGAGAGAACCAGGAGUUCACGGAUGACUUCGAGUACCUGGCUACAGGCCUCAAGAGCGGCCAGCCUCUCAACACUCGCUGCCUUAGUGUUAUUAGCCUAGCGACUCGCUGCGCCCUGCCCAGCUUCCGCAUGCACCUGAGGGCCCGGGGGAAAGUGGCACAAGUCUUUAAGACCAUCAAUGAUGCCCCCCAGCACCCUAACCUCGCUCUAUGCACGGCGUCCCUGAUGUACAUCUUGAGUCGUGACCGUUUGAACAUGGACCUGGACCGCGCCAGUCUGGAGCUGAUGAUUCGCCUUUUGGAGCUCGAGCAGGACAAAACAGCAGACAGCCAUCUCUCCGCCAAGGAGAUGAGCAAAGUGAAAGAGCGGAUCCGCAAGCUCUGUGAGACGGUGCACAACAAGCACCUCGACCUGGAGAACAUCACGACGGGGCAUCUGGCCAUGGAAACGCUGUUAUCACUAACCUCAAAAAGAGCAGGAGACUGGUUUAAAGAGGAGCUGCGGUUACUGGGAGGACUCGACCACAUCGUAGAUAAGGUGAAAGAGUGUGUGGAGAACCUGAGCUGCGAGGAUGAUAAGGAGAAUCUGGUGGCCUCGCUGUGGGGUGCUGAGAGGUGUCUGCGCGUGCUGGAGAGUGUCACUGUGCACAACUCAGAGAACCAGGCCUACCUGAUAGCCUACAAAGACUCCCAGCUCAUCGUCUCUUCGGCUAAGGCCUUGCGUCACUGUGAGGAGAUGAUCCAGCGCUACAGCAGGGAUGUGAGCAGGAGCUCGUCAGGGUCCUCACAGCCCCAUUGCAGCGUGGGUAAAGCGGUGCAGGACUGUAUGAGAGCAGUCAUCGGCGUCUUGCUCAACCUUACACAUGACAACGAGUGGGGAAGCACAAAGACUGGUGAACAGGAGGACCUGAUCAUCACCGCACUGAACUGUGUGCUCAGGGUGCCUCAGUAUCUGCCACAGGAGCAGCGAUUUGACAUCAGAGUGCUGGGUUUGGGACUGCUGAUCAACUUGGUGGAGUACAGUGCGAGGAACAGACACUGUCUGGUGGAGAUGGAGAUGGACGGAGGCGAACUCUGGGACUCCGUAUGUGUGUCAGACAAAGAGGAGCUGAACACAGAGGGCUCACUGAGUGCUAUCGCUGCACUGGUGAAGCUGUUCCUCCAGCGUGAGCAUGCCGCCGUCCUGGCUGAGGCAGAGACGGAUGACUUCAUCAACGACGUGCCCACAGAGGCACUGGACCAGAGCGGCGAGUGGCAGGAGACGUCUGGUGAAAUUCAGUGGGUGGCGUCGGAGGACAAGGGCACGGACAACCAGAACAAGAAGAAAGACGAAGAUGAAGAGGAGCUGGACCUCAACAAAGCGCUCCAGCAUGCAGGGAAGCACAUGGAGGACAGCAUCGUGGCAUCAUACACUGCACUGCUUUUGGGCUGCCUCUGCCAGGGAAGCCCUAUGAACGUGAGUACUGUGCGGGAAAACCUGCCCAAAGGUGACUUCUCUAUAAUGACAGAAAUGCUGAAGAAGUUCCUAAAUUUCAUGAAUCUCACUUGUGACGUGGGCACCACGGGCCAGAAGUCAAUCUCUCGGGUCAUCGAUUACCUCGAGCACUGCUAGUGUGUGAGCGGAGGUCCCCACACACACCCACCCCUACUCACACACACACACACACACACACACACACACACACACCUGUCCAGACAGAGGAAUGCAGAGACCCACCAGCAGCUGGGUGUCAGCAGUCCUGCCCCCCCCCCUUUUUUUUUUAAAUAUUCUUUUUCUUCCUUUUUUUCUUUUUUUUUUUAAUUUUAUUCUUUUGAUUUUUUUUUUUAAUAUCAAACCCAAUUGUCGCUAUGCCCUGAUGAUGUCAUGUCACAAAUCAGCCUUAGAGGAACACGCAUGCUUUUCAUCCGUUACUCUGUCACUCACCUCGAUUUUUACGUUAAGCUGAAGGAUACGACCCCCGGUGUAAGAACAAAUCCAGAGAGCGCAUCAACUCUUCCUUAGUUCAGGAGGCAGAUCAGGAAUAAACCUGCCAUAAGUUCAGCAGGUUAGACACAGAGCUCACAGGGAGACUUCCUGUUACGUCCCUGAUAUCUCAUUCUCCAUCUCGGCGUAGAACGAGCACGUGAACCCGAGCGCAUAUGCACUUAUCGAGUGCUUGUGGUUUAGCUUCACCACAUAACAACCGGAAGACCUAACGUUGUUGUGCUCGGAUGAGAAAAUCACACAAUUAGGAACAAGCCAAGUGCUCAGAUCAGCUCCUCUUAUCAUUUGUUUGUUUUUUUUUUUCUUUUUUUUCUUUUUCCUUUUAAAUAUAUAUUAUUAAAUAAUUUAUUUGGAUUUAAGGGCGCUGCAUGAUUUUUAAGCUGAAUGUCAGUAUAAAGCCCUUAACGUUUAUAUCUUUUAUUAUAUAUAAAUCUCCAUCUCCAUGCCCGCUUCCUUAUGACACCUUUACGUGUCCAGUUCCACUUUUCAUUCGUGUUACUUUUUUUUUUGUUUUUUUUUUUCCCCCUUUCACACUCGUUCACAAAUCCAUGAUGUGUUUAUUCCUUCUGUGAUGAAAUCAGAAAUGAACUUAGCAUCUAGAUGUACAGAAAAGACAUACAAGGUGUUUUUAUUAUUCUAAUUAUUUACUUUGGAAUUGAUGCGUAUUAUCAAAACGUGUUAUUUUUUGUUGCCUGCUGCAAACUUUUUUUGUUGGUCGUUUGUCUCGUGUGUGUGUGUGUGUUCUGUUAGGGCUGUUCAGUGCGCUAAUCAUCGCUGUUCUCUUAACUCUGGAAAUGAAUGGAACCACACAGAUGUACAUAUUUCUGUAAAUAUCGGCUCUUGGAAAUCUAGAAUGAUAGACUACUUUUCAGAAUUGAACCUUAUUUUUUAUUUUAUACAGUUUUUUUUUUGUUUUUUUUUCCCC